UCUACUAUAAGAGGAAAGGAAUAGAAUGAGACAAAAGAAACAUACCAUAAAACUUGAAUAACCUUUCUUCUUCAAUUAUGUUUGAUCCUUUGUGUUCACAAAAUAAUGAAAUAUUCCUAGAUAUUUCUGAUUUUGUACCUUUAACUCAAUUUGAAGGUGGUCAAAUAACCCCAACAUUAUUAGAGCAACAUAAUAAUGAUCUUGAUAAUCUCCUUAACCAAAUCCCCUCUUUUAUAGAUGACCCUCCUCUAACACCAAACCUUAAUCGUAAAAAACGAUCAUUAGCCAUUGAUCGUGAUCAAGAAAACAAUGGCAUAAACCCUUACGAUAGCAAGAAAAAGCAGAAGAUUAUACAUAGAGAGAUCGAACGAAAACGAAGACUUGAAAUGUCUUCCCUUCAUACAUCUCUAAAAUCUCUACUUCCUGUUGAAUACACUAAGGGAAAGCGGUCGAUAUCGGAUCAUUUGGGAGAGGCAGUGAAGUAUAUACAGCAAAUGCAACAAAAGAUGAAAGUGUUGAAUGAAAAAAGAGAUGCCCUUAAAGAGGAAGUGUCAAAACUUGAAGGGCACAAAAAAAAUGUUAGUGAUGUGAUUGUGAAUGUUUUGAAAGAAAGUGUAGAGGUGAUUGUGAGUACUUAUUGUAGAGAUGAUGAUGAAAAUGAAGGUCAAGGGUUACCUCUAUCAAAGGUUCUUCAAUGUCUAGUCCAAGAAGGGUUAGAUGUGGUCAGUUCUUCUUCAAAAAGAGUCAACAAUAUUUUUGUUCAUUCUAUUCAAGCUCAGGAAGGAGAGGAUGGCAAGAUUGCCAUUGAUGCAACAAAUCUGAAGAAUAAAAUACUACGUAGUUGAUAUCCAGAGAUGAACGUUAUUGUAUUUUAAAUUAUUAUUUGAUUUUAAACUUUGAAAAUAAAGAGUGAUGGGGAAUUUAGGAGUGAUGGGUGUACCUGGUGUUAUGAAUUUAUGAUGUUUAAUGUGCUAAAUAAAUAGGAUCUUGCACUACCCAA